UCUCUGAUGUCUCCCAGGUUUGGAGGACAGUAGCAUAGAGCUUGUGAGUUUUAUUUGUAAUUUUCGUUCCUACUGGCUCAGUGUGCCUCAUAUUGCAGACAUUUGUUGUGACGAGUUGGCAAAGUUAUUGAAAUAAGUAUUAAAAAUGUGUGAUGAUACUGUUCGUGUUGCUUUACGCAUCCGUCCAUUAGUGGUAAGCGAAAUUGAAAAAGGAUGUCAGAUGUGCUUAGAUAUAAUUCCCGGAGAACCACAAAUUCGCAUACUUAAUAGUGACAAAUCAUUUACAUAUAAUUAUGUUUUUUCUCCUGAUGUUGGACAAGAAGAAUUUUAUAAUGUAGCAAUUAAACGAUUAAUAGAUAAUAUCUUUCAAGGAUAUAAUGUAACUAUAUUGGCUUAUGGACAAACUGGUAGUGGUAAAACCUAUUCAAUGGGUACCAAUUAUACAGGAAUCGAAGAAAAGGGUAUUAUACCAAGAGUUACAGAAGAUAUAUUUGAAACAAUUAAGUCUAAAGAAGACUGGAACUUUAAAGUUGUAGUUUCAUUUAUGGAGUUAUAUCAAGAACAAUUGUAUGAUCUGUUAUCUGAUAAACAAAGGAAUCAAUCCAUCGUAGACAUCAGAGAAGAUGGAAAAAGUAUAAAAGUUACUGGUUUAACAGAGAAAGAAGUUACAAAUGCCCAAGAGACACUAGAAUGUCUGAACCAAGGUUCCAUAGGCCGUAUAACUGGUGCAACUGCAAUGAAUGCACAUAGCAGUCGUAGCCAUGCGAUAUUUACAAUAUGUAUACGUCAGCAGAAAAAAGAUGAUCCGAAUACAGCCACAGUGGCAAAAUUUCAUCUUGUUGAUUUAGCGGGAUCUGAACGCAGUAAAAAGACCCAAGCCACAGGGGAGAGAUUUAAGGAAGGUAUAAAUAUAAACAAAGGAUUACUUGCUUUGGGUAAUGUUAUCUCACAACUUGGUGAUGGUGCCUCUGGCUCUUAUAUUGGAUACAGGGAUAGCAAACUCACAAGACUCUUACAAGAGUCCUUGGGUGGUAAUUCCAUGACUCUCAUGGUUGCCUGUAUUAGUCCUGCUGAUUAUAAUUUGGAUGAAACUCUCAGUACUUUGAGAUAUGCAGAUCGCGCACGCAAAAUAAAGAACAAGCCUGUGGUAAAUCAAGAUCAGAAAACCGCCGAGAUCAAUCGGUUGAACAAAUUGAUUCAAGAACUACGAUUAGCACUUAUGAAUCAAGAACUUGGCAUAACAUGCCCCAAAGAGCACGAAGAACUCGAGGAGAAAUGUAGUACAUUACAGCAAAAACUUCGAGAUAUGACGGAGAAAUUAAAUUCAAAUUUAGCAGAAAUCGUUAUCAUGCACGAACGAGCUGAAAUGGCCGAACAAGCUCGUGAAAAGAUUAGGUCCGCCAUGGCAUCAGUAUUAGACGAAUUUGAACAAGUUUUACAAAACUUUAAUAUCUCUCACGAAAUUGACGAUGAAAAACGUAAAAAAUUGAAAAUAAUAUAUACAAAAAUGUUAGAAAUACAAAAUGAUGAGAAAAAAGCAUCUGAAGAAUUAUUGAAUUAUGAAAUAUCUAUAGAUUCUAAAAAUUCCGUCACGUUCACGAAAGAAGAUGCGGAAUGUGUACAUACAGGUGAAUUAAACAAUAUUGAAGAUAGCUUGGAUUAUUUUGACAAAAAGGAAGAGGAACAUACAUUACGACAAGCAGAACGAAAUAACGAGGUUCAAAAUAUCAAUAAAGAGUUAGCACUUAAAGAGAGUCUUGUAUCUGAGCUGAUUAAAAAUAUUACUCAACAAACUGCGGACAGCCACAGGGACGUUGCGGAAAUGGAAAAGGAAAUCGAAAGGCUACAUGUGGAAAGAGAGGAGCAUUUACAAGCAGUUCAUGCACGCAACAUUACCUCCAAAUUGGCCGAGACACGUCGCAAAAAAGUGCAAGAGUUAGAAAAGAAGAUAGCAGAGUUAACACGUAAAUGCCAGGAGCAAAACAGAGUAAUCAAGGCGAAAGAGAAGCAGGAUCAAAGGAUUAAAACUCUAUCCAAUGAGAUACGAUCAUUAAAGGAGAUCAGAGUCAAGCUUAUCAGACAAAUGCGCAAUGACGCGAACAAUUUUACAAAGUGGAAGCAGUCCAGGGAAAAGGAAAUCAAUAAAUUGAAAACUCAGGACCGCAAACGUGCUUUUGAAAUGGUACGCUUAAAAAUGCAACAUAAUAAACAGGAGAUAGUUUUCAAGAGGAAGAUGGAAGAAGCGUUUGCCGUUAAUAAAAGGCUAAAGGGUGCAUUGGAGAUACAAAAGAAGGCGACAGAACGACAAGAAAAAAAGGCUAAUGGUAAAGACGAAAUAAAAACGUGGGUGGCUCAGGAAUUGGAAGUAUUAAUGGCCACGAUAGACGCGGACUUGUCUCUUGAAAAACUUAUGCAAGACAGAGCCACUUUAUCUUAUCAGUUGGAACAACUUAAACAAAGCAGCAAUCCGAACGAAGAGGAAUGCGCAACUCUUGUAAAAUUUAUAGAGCUGCGCAAUACACAAAUCGCGGAUCUUCAGAAGGAAAUUGUUGAGUCAGAUCAAGAAACCAGGGCAAAAACGAGAUGGAACAUGAUACACAGUGUCGCGGACGCCAAGGUGGUAUGUCAAACAGCAUUUCAUCUGAUUGCACAAGAGAGAAAGCAACAAUGUUACAAAUUUAACGAACUUAAAGAUAAAUAUCUAAAUCUACAAACACAAUUAGAAGAAUCUACCAAAAAAGAAAAGGAAAAUAAAACGUAUUCUUUGGAAAAUACAUCUAAUACGUCUUCGAAUAACAUGGUAACACCGCCACGAAAAGAAAAGGUUUUAAUGGAAAAUAACUUGAACGUAAAUAUAAAGCAGUCCAAGACAAAACAGGAAACGGAAUAUACGUUGAAUUUUUCUACUAAGAAUACUGAUGCACUUCAUGAUAGUUCAAUAGACGUUGAAGAUGACGAUGUUGAAAAUGAUCCCGAUUGGAAAAAUACACCACUUUACAAUCGCAUACAGAAGUUGCAGAACAAAUCGAAGCUGUCAAUCCAACAAUUACCUUUUAAACUAGAGCCUGAUGAGAUAAAGUGUGCUUGUAAGACUAAAUGUGCUACACGGAUGUGUAUGUGUCGUAAAAAUAAUAUUACGUGUAACAAUUGUAAUUGUAAUCCAGAACAAUGUAAAAAUAGAGAUAAAAAAAAUUUGCGUACGCUAUUCUCAGACAUCACAGAAAACGAAGUAAUGACCAAUUGAAGAAAGAAGAAAUAAACGAAGAAGAAUGCGUCGAAAGACUGUUUCGUUGAAAUGAAGAUUUUAUGUUUUUAUUCUUAUCAAUGAAUUUGUGUCGUACACGUUUAUUUAUUAGAAAGUACGGAUAAUAGGUAAAAAACAAUCGUACAACUCUCUGGAGCACGAGCAACCAAGUGGCGUGACAAUUAUGAUAUUUAUUUGGACUCAACUAGUAUCAGACUUAUAUUUGUAUAUAUAAUAUUUUUCUGUCAUAAACACAUUUACUUCGUUUUAAUAGUUUUAUAUAAAUAAUGUGAUUAUUCAUUCUACAACAUAAUUCAUUCUACGACAUAAUACGUACAAUGAAGGAAACUUGCUUAAUAUUUUG